AUGAUGAUCAGCAAUGUUUGCGCUCGUACUGCUACUACAACAUCCAGAGGAUAUGCUUUGAGAGGAGUACCAGUAGUGUCAGCUGCAGCUCAUAGCAAUGGCUCGUCUCUAGUGCUGGGUACCCGUGCGAUUGCAAGGCUAAGUCCUUUGGGUCCAAGACCUGUCUCCUCUGCCACACCAGAACCAUCCUCCUUUCCCUUUCAGAGCCAACGAACGAGUGGACGAAAACAGAAACGUUUGAACCGUCAAAGGCUGCGACGAAUACGAGCGCUUGCUGUCACGGAAAAUGGUGAAAGAAAAUCUGCUUCAGAAGUUGACAGUGAUGAUGACGAUGAUGACGAUGAAGUGGAUGAUCGGACUUGGAGGACCAUUCUCUUUCCUCCCGUUCAUGACAAUGGUGAUGGCGACAUUCCACGAGAAGAGUCCAUGCCAUGGUCCAAGUCACCGCAAGAGUUUUUCGGCAGGUUCCGUCGCACGUGGGUGGCAUAUAGGGGUACAUGGGAUGGAUUCUUUUCUCACGUAGCGCGGUCUACACAGGAUGAAUCAGCGCUGGUAGAAGCGCCGGGUCCCCAAAAGACACCACAAGAACGCGCCAAGGAAGUAUCCGACAAUGUCCAACAGAAUCUCGAAUUCAGCCGUGAAAAAGGACAAAACUUGAAGACAUUUGUCCAAGAACAAACGGGUAUUCACACCAUGGACGAUUUCAAAGCUUUGACCAAAGAAUUUUUGACGGUGGCAACCCUCAUGGUGGGUGAAUUCAUGCGAGAGUACCGCAAGGGUCGAGAUGAAGAGGUGGAGAAGAUGAACACUGAGUAUUUUCAAGAUCUAGAUGAGGAAGAAAAUGAAGAGAAGAAGGAUGAUGGGGAGGAAGCAAGCAAAACAAGGAAACGAAGACGUCCAAAACGGAGGAUUCCCGGGCUGUUGAGUUAG